AUGCCUCCUGCCAGCAAGAAAUUAAGAUUAGCAAAAAGCAAAUCCCAAUCAGAAUCUAGAAACUGUUUCUCUAAAAACAUAGAAACCAGCAAUGACGACCUGGUUGACUUAUUUGAGAUUGACGUUGAAGAAAGUAUUACUGUGAAUGACAGAGAGCUUCAGGGAAUUACAGAUGAUGUUACUUCUGCCAUCUAUUCUAGCAACUUCCUCAAAUGGCAUGAGGGAGCUGAUAAGUCCCUCCGUGGUACAUAUCAGAAGAAUUCAUUAACAACUGAGUGGAGAAAGAGAAAGACUAUGAAGGAAUCUUUUGAUUCUAAAGGAAGUUAUCGUCUAACAGAAAAGGGCUUUAUAAUUUUGAGUCGAAAAGAGUCUGUCAAUGAAGAAUUAGAGCCAGUCGAAGUUACAUCUAAGAAAAUAUUUGCGAAUACAAUUUCUCUUCUCAAGCUUGCCUUUAACAAUAUAAAAGAAGAAAUUGCUCCAUUUACUUGUAUAAGUGAUUCAUCUCUGCCAGUAGACUAUUAUGAGCUUUGCAAACUCAAAUCUGUUAAAAGUUUUUUAAGACAUAGACUCUCAGGAACAAUGAUAAGAAAAUAUGCAAAAGAAUAUAUCAACUUCCAAUCAAUUGCAUUACAUCAGCAAGGAAAAAAUGCUAUUCAUUUCUCUUUGUUUUUCGACGAGGACUUUAAAGUAUCUAUUUGCAAAUGGAUUCAGCAACAGAAGCCAGAAAGUCGCAGUACUAUUCUGGUUAAGAAACACAUCAAUGAGGUUGUUAUACCAAAAAAACUUGGAAUUCCAGGAAGUGUCUCGAUGAGUACAGUUUGGAAAUAUCUUCACGAAUGGGGAUAUAUCUUCAGAAAAAAUUCUAAAGAUAUUUAUUAUGAUGGUCAUGAGAAAGCCAACGUUAUUGAAUACCGAAAGAAAUAG